AUGUACCACGAAAGUAAUAUCGUGGAGGAAUCCCAAGUGUCUGGUCAGCGGCUGGGAUACACUGGCGCCGCCACACUCCCACGGCUGCAUAACGCCAACAGGGAGCUGCGCCUCUUUACCUUACUACCUGGUGUCCUCGAAAGUCCUAUAAAAGGACGGUUUUCCAUCGCGGAUGUGGAUGAGAAGCCCUCGUAUCAGUGCAUCUCCUACGCCUGGGGGAACGCGCAGGACGCCAGAGAAAUUAGUAUCCAAGGCCACCCAUUCAGGGUCACCGAAUCUCUUCUCGCGGCCCUAAUUCGCAUCCGUCGUGAACAUGAACCAGUUACUCUGUGGGCCGACGCAAUAUGCAUCGACCAGGAGAACAGCGUGGAAAAGUCGUUGCAGGUCAACAUGAUGUUCGACAUCUACAGCAACUGCACCAACUGCUUCAUCUGGCUGGGCGAAAUAGACACUAAUUUCCCCGGACUGACACUCGAGAAUGCGAGACUGGCGCUGGAGACAAUCGAGUUCCUGGCCGGACUCGGUAUAUCGGACAACCUGCCCUCAAGCUUGUCAACUCUCGAGGCACGCCAAGGUGCAGGGCUGGCAAUCUGGUAUCUGCUUGCUCCCGCAUGGUGGUCACGCAUCUGGACCUUGCAGGAGUGCAUCGCUUCACGCGAGGCGACUGUCCUUUGGGGUCCGCUGUCCAUCUCCUGGGCAGCCAUGCUGGGCGCAGCAGACAAGGUGAUCGCACCCUGGGUCCAAGAGGAAUCCCAGUUUGCAAGGUCAGGCCAUCUGGGGGAUCUCCACCAAGUCAUUGACUUUUCAUCCAUCGUACGGCCGCUUCUGUUAGUCAGAAACAAGAUGAAAGCAAGCGAGGCCAUGAUGGACAACAACCUCCUGCACGUCUUUUGGCGCUUUAACCAGCGCCAGGCCACGGACCCGCGGGAUAGGGUGUAUGCUUUGUUGCCGUUUACAGCCGGGCUCUUACGCAGCGUCAAGUCGAGUGAUUACGGGUUGAGCACCGGGGAGCUGUACGGUCGAGUGACGGUGGAUCUCAUACGAUUUGGUCAUUGUUUGAACCCGCUUAUCGGACGCCCGCCGGAGGAAGCCGUUCCAUUGGAAGAACCGUCCUGGGUAUUAAACUGGCAACGCAUAGCUGAUGUGACUGGGGACAACAAUUUUUGGGUCUCUGAUUGCUUUUAUCACAGAUUUGACGCGGCACAUGGUCUCCCUGGAAUAGAUAUGGACUGCAUGACUUCGGAAGACGGCCGCCAACUUGUUUUGCAGGGCUUUUGUGUUGGGAAAGUCGCCAUCACGGGAGUUGCGCCUAACGACUCACCUGGAACUGACGCCUCUUCUAAAGAUUACGAACCAAAAUCUUUGCUGGAGCGGUGGGAGAGGUAUGUAAAGGGUGACAUAUUAAACCUCUUGGAAAGGCAGAAGGAGCUGCCUCAUGGAGACGCGGGCCGACUGUUGCAACUGAAUCGCGAAGUUGCCGAUGUGGUGAACGGCAUGAUGAUAUCCGACAAGGAGCCUGACCCCGGCGUUCUGGGUCGGUCUUUGAGGGAGGCUUGGAAGGAGAGUUACCUCCACAAUGGGAAGCGGGACUUGUUCGUCACGGAAUGUCGCAAGUUUGGUCUUGCUCCUUGCACAAUGAAACCUGGUGAUGAGGUGUGGGUUCUGAGCCAUGGACGUAUGCCGAUUUUACUGAGACCGGUUGAUGCAUUUGGAUUAAAUGUAGGUGAUAGUACUGAUGCUACAUCAAAAAUACCACAGAAAGCUGGUAGUUACCGGCUUGUUGGAGAGUGCUAUGUGCAUGGGAUCAUGCAGGGCGAGGCCGUGGAGGAGGGAAUUACGGCUUUAAAAACCGUCACUCUAUGCUAG